AUGGGUGCCCACGGGCAGCACCUUCAGCAGAGGAUUCUGGCGACUGCUGGCACUGACUUUGACCUGAGGACGCUGCGAGCUGUGCGAGUGCUGCGACCCCUGAAACUGGUGUCGGGAAUCCCGAGCCUGCAGGUUGUGCUCAAGUCCAUCAUGAAGGCCAUGGUGCCCCUGCUGCAGAUCGGGCUGCUCCUCUUCUUCGCCAUCGUGAUGUUUGCCAUCAUCGGGCUGGAGUUUUACAUGGGCAAGUUCCACAAAACCUGCUUCUCCAACGAGACAGGUUCUACAAACGACGCUGCAGGAAAUACCUGGAAUUGGCUUUACUUCAUCCCUCUCAUCAUCAUUGGCUCUUUCUUCAUGCUCAACUUGGUGCUGGGCGUCUUAUCGGGUGAAUUUGCCAAAGAACGGGAGCGGGUGGAGAACCGCCGAGCUUUCCUGAAGCUCCGCCGGCAGCAGCAGAUCGAGCGGGAGCUCAACGGGUACCUGGAGUGGAUCUUCAAAGCAGAGGAGGUCAUGCUGGCGGAGGAAGACAAGAACGCAGAAGAGAAAUCUCCUCUGGACGGGAGGGCCGCCUCGGAAGGGCCGAUCCACCAAGGCACGGCACCGGCAGAGACUAGCAGCGGCAGCAGCUACAACAUGUUGAAAAGAGCCGCAAUAAAGAAGAGCAAAAACGACCUGAUUCAUGCAGAAGAAGGGUCUCCUUUCGCCCGCGCCAGUUUGAAGAGCGGGAAGAACGAGAGCUCGUCCUACUUCAGGAGGAAAGAGAAGAUGUUCCGGUUCUUCAUCCGGCGCAUGGUGAAGGCUCAGAGCUUCUACUGGAUUGUCCUGUGUGUGGUGGCCCUCAACACCCUCUGUGUGGCCAUGGUGCACUAUGACCAGCCUGAGAAGCUCACCACUGCCCUCUAUUUCGCAGAGUUUGUUUUCCUGGGGCUGUUCCUUACUGAGAUGUCUUUGAAGAUGUAUGGACUGGGGCCAAGGAACUACUUCCACUCUUCAUUCAACUGCUUUGACUUUGGGGUCAUCGUGGGAAGUAUAUUUGAAGUUAUUUGGGCUGCAGUGAAACCAGGAACCUCGUUUGGCAUCAGUGUAUUGAGGGCACUUCGACUGCUGAGGAUUUUCAAAGUAACAAAGUACUGGAAUUCCCUGAGGAAUCUGGUGGUCUCUUUGCUGAACUCCAUGAAGUCCAUCAUCAGUUUGCUUUUCCUGCUGUUCCUGUUCAUCGUGGUCUUUGCUCUGCUGGGGAUGCAGCUCUUUGGAGGACAGUUCAACUUCCAAGACGAAACUCCGACCACGAAUUUCGACACCUUCCCCGCCGCCAUCCUCACCGUGUUCCAGGUAAAGCCACACCUUGGCCUGGGGCAGGGUUAG